CUCUGUAUCAUUGACCUGACUUGACCGCCUGGAAGGAUGUAAUGUGAGAAGCCAAUUCUGGCCACAUCCUGGAAAACCCUUGCUUAUCAGCUGCUGCAUUUUCCUGUGCAAAUAACCCUUCUGACACCUAGUCACUCCCGAUAAGGACACGAGGGGCUCAGAUCUCUCCUUGGGACUCACUCGGUCCCUGAGACAUCACCAGGUACGCGGGGCACACGGCAAAAGUGCCUCCAGGAACAAAAUCUGAGAAAGGUCUGGUCCUUUCCUAAUUUCUGGGCUUCAUCCCAGGUCUUGCUGGGACUCUGAUAGGGGAAGGGAGGGAAGGAUGGCAACUCUGACAACACGGAAAGGGAGUCAGAUGGGGGAGCUGGUGGGUGCAUCCUUUACGGCCACUGUAAGAGGUAGUCAUUGCAGUGUGUAUUGAGGGGGUGAGGUGCUGGGGGUGGAUAGCCAUGAACAAUGAGCUGGUUUCUUCAGGAAGGUAUGACUGACAAGUUUCUGGAGGAUUCAGCCUAGAAUCGAUAUUCACAGAUGCUCACCUUCUAAGCUGGGCACAGUGAUAAGAGUUUCUGGUAUGUUCUCAGGACAGAGGCCCCUCUUGCCCACUGGACCAGGAGUUCCCUGAUCACAUAUUCCUACUCUUUGAGCCCUUUUCUUUUAGUAGGUACUCUGUUUUUUUUUUUUAAUGAAUUAAUGUAUUUAUUAAAAAAUUUUUUUGGCUGCCCCAUGAGCCGCCUGGGAUCUUAGUUUCCUAACCAGAGAUCGAAACCUUGCCCCCUGUACUGGAACCUGUACCACCAGGGAAGUCCCAGUUGUGUGGGUUUUGAUACUUCCUCAUCCUCUGCUUCCCAUCUCUGGUCUAGCUUGGAAUCUAGAAUCUCUCCUGUGACUCUGGCCCAAGCACCACUGUGAUUAAGUAGAAUUCCUGAGCUUCCGGGCUCCUGAGCAUUCAGCUAUGCUUGAAAUCCCACGUGUAGGCCAUUGUGUCCAUCAGUCUCGGCUCUCCACAACUUCUCCAGUGGUACCAGGCUCCCCCUAUCCCAAUCUUCCCACCAGGGGAGAAGGACUGAGUAAAAGCUGCUCAGACCCAGCGGGUCUGCAACCUUCAAGGCUGAGAAGGAGCAGAGUUCUCCUUUUAGAGAACCCGUCGAGGCUCCGGCCAGGGAGGUAUUUCUCAAAAGCUUAUUCACGAUCGCUUCUUGCAUGGCCUUGAAAUUUCACCCAUCCUGCCUCCUUCCGCUUUUCAUCUGAUUUGCCAGUGGGAAAGGACCAAAGGAGGAAGUGCGAGAGUGAGAGUAAGCGAAAGCAGAAGGGCUGGAAGCAAAGGAGGCUGCAGCUGGUUCUCCCUGACACGCUGCACCUGAAGCCGUGCGAAGACAAGAUGCACCUGCCGCUGUUGUUCUGCCUCUUCCUCCAGCUUUCAGACCAGAAUAACACAGGGAUGGCUGCAAACGGACAUUGCUGGAAAUGGAAAGACUUACUGGCUACAGACAGGGGCUGCUGCUGCUGCUGCUGCUAAGUCGCUUCAGUCGUGUCCGACUCUGUGCAACCCCAUAGGUGGCAGCCCACCAGACAGGGGAAGAGGGGUUAAUUAUAGGAAGGCUCAUCUGCCAUCUCAGGUCCCAGAGCAGUGAGAGGUGUGGAGCAGGGCUCACUGACUGUGUGGUGUCGAUACGACCCUGGGUAUGAGCGCCACGUGAAGUGGUGGUGCCGGGGGGCUGCCUGGAACAACUGUCCCUUCAUUGUUAAAACCACUGGAUCAGAGAAGGAGGUGAAGAAGGACCGCGUGUCCAUCAGGGACAACCAGAAAGACCGCUCCUUCACCAUCACCAUGGAGGAGCUCAGGCUAGACGAUACAGACACUUACUGGUGUGGGAUUGAGAGAACUGGAACUGACCUGGGGAACCCAGUAGAAGUGACCAUUGACCCAGCACCAACUACAGUACCGACCACCCCUCCCGCCGCCUCCACCGUCAACACAAAAGAUAAUAUUCGCUUCUCAGCUGCGACCGGCCACCGCUCCAAUGACAGCGACGGCCUGAAGCUCAGUGUCCUCCUUCCUCUCAUCUUUGCCGUGUUGCUGCUUCUCUCCAUGGUGGCCUCGCUUGUGGUUUGGAGAAUGGCGAAGCGACCGAAGAAAGCUGCUGGGACAUCCCCAGUGCAGGUGCUUCAGCCCCCGGGGAGCGACAUCUGCUACGCAGACCUGAACCUGCAGCAGAUUGAAAAGCCCUCUGGCUCCUCCCGGAAGAAGGCCUCUGGGAGGGCCCCCUCCUCCCCGCAGGCCUACUCAGGGGACGGGGACUAUGCCAACACGGCUGAUGUUUUCAGGGACAACAUCCCCUACACCCCUCUAACCCCGAAGACAUCUUCACUGCAGGCUGAGGUUUCCAGGGACAGCAUCACCUACGCGGCUCUGUCUUUGGACACCUCGGAUGAACAGCCAAUCUACAGCAACAUGGAGCAUCUCAACACCCCCGCUCCCAGCAGGAUCCUCGAGAAGUCCACGGAGUAUAGCACCAUCAGAAAGCCUUAGCCUCAGCCCCAGAGGCCCCUCUCUGAGCCCCCUCGGGACCUCUGAGUUCCUUCCUGUUCCAUUUGUCUGCUUUCUGCCCCCUCUGUCCCCUCAGGGGACCAGCCAGUGACUGAGGUCUCUGACUGAUGAAGCUGGCAUCAUGGCCAGCUCUGGUCUGAUGGCAUGGGGUCUGGUCUCAGGGAGCUUCUGAGGGCUAGACAGGGGUCUUUCCACAUUCCGUUCUCUCCCACACAGCUUGAGACAGGGUUGAGGAUACAAUCUGGAGCUGCUUAGGGAGUAAGCAGGACGAUAAUGUUAACAACAGUAGUUCACUUUUAUUUAUUGCUUAUCAUGGGUGGUGGGCUUCCCUGGUAGCUCAGACGGUAAAGAAUCUGCCCGCAAUGUGGGAGACUCUGGUUUGAUCCCUGGAUUGGGAAGAUCCCUUGGAGAAAGGAAUGGCAACCCACUUCAGUACUCUUGCCUGGAGAGUCCCGUGGACAGGCUACAGUCCACAGGGUCACAAAGAGCUGGACACAACUGAGUGACUCACACUUUCACUUUAUCAUGAAUGGUGGACUGAAUAGUGGUCCUUGAAGUUAUUUGCAUCCAAAUCCCCAGAACCUGGGAACAUUACCUUCUGGGGCAAAGGGGACUGUGUAGAUGUAAUGGAGUCAAGGAUCUGGGGAUGGGGAGAUUAUUCUGGGUUAUCCAGCUGGGCCCUAAAAAUAAGCCCAAGGGUCCUUAUAAGAGGGAAGUGAGAGGGUCACAGAGAAGAAGAUGGUGAUGGCGGUAGGAGCAGAGGUCAGGACGAUAUGGGCAGGACCCAGGGAAUACCACAGCCUCCAGGAGCUGGAAAAGGCAGGAACGGAGCCUUCCCUGGGGCGCCCAGAAGAGUCAGCCCGUCCGACACCUUGACUUCAGCCCAGUGAGACUGAUUUUCUACUUCUGGCCUCCACAAUUACAGGAGAAUAAAUUAUUAUUUUCACGAA